AUGAACGACAACCCAGAAGACCCAGCCUUCUUACCAGGAAGGCAUCAACUUCGGCGAUGUCUUCAAUGUCAUCGGUGCUGCGCCUUCAACCCUUUCCCCAUCUCCAACUCCAACUUUGGUAAUGUGCGACCGGCACCUGCAACGGCUGCGGUUGAUUCGAGUGGCAUCUCCAUAGGAGAAGCUUUGGAAGCAGCUGCUAUCUCUGUCGGCGACAAACCGGUCGACCGAGGCGUUGUAGCAGCAAUACGAGCAGCUGAGGCGAGAGCCGCGGGUAGUAACGUAGCCGGCCUUGGGGCCAAAGCUCAAGCUGCCGUUAAUUUCAAUGACCAUGUGGCUUACGAUUACAAUAAGAUCACUAUAUCUGAUGUUUUGUCGGAUGCUACUGCACAAUCAACCCAACAUUAUAAAUGUUACUAUAUCAUCCAUUAUCCCCAGAUGAACCCGUUGAAUCAAGCGACGCUAGUGCAAUACAAGAAGCAGAAAGGAGAUGCAAUACAACCGGCGACGAAAUGCAAGGUGGUGGGUUGGGCGGAAAAGCCUAAGCCGCCGCCAGAUGCUCUUUCAAAGUUGCCUCAGGAUAAAGCGGUGACAAGCGAAGAUGCUGAAGCGGUGAAAGUUGCAGAGCUGAGAGGGAGGAGUCAAGCCACCGCAAGGCCCGGUGGAGUGGCGGAUACGAUUACAAAAGCCGCUAAGGUGAACAUGCACGAUUAAGAUGAUUCCGCCGGAAUGCCUGCAUAUAUUAGCUUUUGUAUUCGAAUUUUGCAGCAAGCCAAGGGUCGUUUUGGAGAUGAUAUAAAUUAUAUAACCAGGAGCUUUUGGAAUAUCAUGAUAUUUCAAGUUGCGAGUUUUAUUAUUGCUGUGGAUUUUAAUUCUUGUUGUACAGUCUUAUGAAUUAAGAUGAUACUCCUAAUUUUAAUUAUAUAAAUGUAAUUUUAUUAA